AUCGGUGUGUGUAGAAACAGACAGUGCAGGAGUUAGCUCACAGACUGAUAGCACGUGGUAUGUUUGUAUGCUGAAAAAGACAAAGAUAAAAUGAACAUCCUCGGGAUUGCACUCAUCUUUAUUGUCAAUAUUCAGUAUGCGUAUAGCGGAACAAUACAAUGUACUGUAAACUGUAAUAAAGCUAACUCCGGAUCAAGUCCCGCUAAAAGCUUUCCUUCUGAUAGUCUUUUGUCAGCUCCGAUAAUAGAUGGCCCAUCAAACAUAGCAGAAUCGAACAGAUCUCCGGUAGGACCUCCUAUAGAUGCUGGGCCUAGAUAUAAGAUAAGUAGCAAACCACCAAAGAGAGGUUUCGCUCCACUUCCUCCUCAUAUUCAAGCUUGUAUUGAUGGCAAAGGUGGAAAGAACUGUCAUCGAUAUGCAAGAAUAAACACGGACGCUAACAGGAGGAGAUUCCUGAUGAAAAAUCGACCAAGUUCAAGUAAAACUAAAUUCCGAUUUAUACAGAAACAGAAGAACAGAUCCAAAUCAUCAUCUAAACCAGGCCAAAUACCUUCAAAGAAACUCAAAGCGAAUGCAGAAAUGUCAGUUUCAGAUAGCGUAAAUUCUCUUGUAAAUUCAUUAGUAAAAACAUUAGAUACGGGUACAGGCGACAAACUUUCAAUUAAAAGCGGUAAACGUACCAAAAAAGAAGGUGAAAGUUCUAAAAGUGAAAGUAACAUUUCAUCAAGACAGUCCAGUUCGAGCACCGCUGUUGUGUCUUUCUCGCCGUCAAAAUUGUCAUCAAGCGGUAAGUCAAGUAAACAUUCACAAGGAGAGCGAUCGCGAAGCAGGUCGAACAAACGUAACAUGUCAAUGUCUUCAGGUAUAAAAAGGGGAAGUGGUGGUUCUGCUUUAAAAAUGAUAUCUGGAAAUUUGCCGUCGGCAUCACAGACAAAGGCUAGAAUUGCUAGAAAAAGGUUGUCAAAAAUAAUAUCUGGUUCUUCUGGGAGUGGAUCGGCAACAUCACAAACGCUAUCUGGUUCUACAGGCGCUUCUUCUGUGUCUGGAAUGACAUCCGCUGCAGGAAGAGCUUCAUCGUUGUCUGGAAUGUCAUCCGCUGCAGGAAGAGCUUCAUCGUUGUCUGGAAUGACAUCCGCUGCAGGAAGAGCUUCAUCUGUGUCUGGAAUGACAUCCGCUGGAGGAAGAGCUUCAUCUGUGUCUGGAUUGAAAUCCGCUGCAGGAAGAGCUUCAUCGGUGUCUGGAAUGACAUCCGCUGCAGGAAGAGCUCCAUCUGUGUCUGGAUUGACAUCCGCUGCAGGAAGAGCUUCAUCGGUGUCUGGAAUGACAUCCGCUGCAGGAAGAGCUUCAUCGGUGUCGGGAAAGACAUCCGCUGCAAGAAGAGCUUCAUCUGUAACUGGAAUGACAUCCGCUGCAGGAAGAGCUUCAUCCGUGUCUGGAAUGACAUCCGCUGCAGGAAGAGCUUCAUCUGUAUCUGGAAUGACAUCCGCUGCAGGAAGAGCUUCGUCUUUGUCUGGAAUGACAUCCGCUGCAGGAAGAGCUUCAUCGGUGUCUGGAAUGACAUCCACUGUAAGAAGAGCUUCAUCCGUGUCUGGAAUGACAUCCGCUGCAGGAAGAGCUUCAUCGGUGUCUGGAAUGACAUCCGCUGCAAGAAGAGCUCCAUCCGUGUCUGGAAUGACAUCCGCGGCAGGAAGUGCUUCAUCGUUGUCUGGAAUGAGAUCCGCUUCAGGAAGAGCUUCAUCCGUGUCUGGAAUGACAUCCGCUGGAGGAAGAGCUUCAUCUGUGUCUGGAUUGAAAUCCGCUGCAGGAAGAGCUUCAUCGGUAUCUGGAAUGACAUCCGCUGCAGGAAGAGCUUCAUCUGUGUCUGGAUUGACAUCCGCUGCAGGAAGAGCACAAUCUGCAACAUCCGAUAUACAAAAAUAUGUUGAUAUGCAUAAUGAAGAUGGUUCUAAAGGAAUGAAUCAAGACGACUCAAAAGGAUUCAAUCAAGACAAAAAUAAAAUACAGAAGCUUGAAUUCGAACAAAAACAAAACGAAGUAUCAAUGCAAGACACGCAAGAUAAGCAGACAAUACAGAAAAUAGAAAUUGAAAUAAAACAGGUCGAUGUUUCCAAACCAGACGAACAAAAAUCAACUGGAAGGAAUAAAUUUAGAGAAGAAGAUGGCUCUAAAGGACAAAACCAGGACGGUUCACAAGGGAAAAAUCAGGACAGUUCACGAGGACAAAACCAGGACAGUUCCCAAGGAAAAAAUCAGGAUCAAGAUAAAAGAAAAAGUUCAUGGGUUAUUAUUGGACAUACAAACACGGGAAGUUCAUCACAAAAUUUGGGUAUGUCCCAAAGUUCAGCUACUGCAUCACACCAACCCAAACAGCCUUCGGUGAGUUUGAAUAUGCAUGCGGCUGCAAAAGGUGUCAAUCCUAAUAUUAGAAAUACAGCUAUCAAUCUUCAACUCAAAAACAAACAAACUAUAGCCAACCAAAUGAGAUCAUCUAGACCUUCGCAAAGCAUCAGAAAUGCCGCUGUUACACGUCAACUUAAAAACCAACAAACACUAGCCAACCAAAUGAGAUCACCCAGGCCUUUGAAAAGGGUGCCACAGCCUUCAAAACCAAUAAACUCCAGGUCUAUGCCAGUUCAAGGAAUUGCCUCGUCAUUGGCUCAUACUACUUCUGGAUCUACGAACAUGGAAAUACUAGCAGCACUUAAUUCAGCAGCAAGGGUUCAGGCUAUAAGGCCAUCUAAACCGCUCAUACAACGACCUAUAGUCCCGGUAGUAGAUACAAAACGACCACGACCCGCAUUUCUAGAUGAUUUUUCCGGAACAUCUUCAAAAGAAUUGAAAAUACUUAAGUCUGCUCUUCCAUCAGAUCCGCCAGGAAAUGGUAUACAAGGAUGCUCUUGUGCUCAGGCAACUUCGCAUACGUCCAAGCCACAACUGAUACAGGCUACGGCAAAAUUAGCAAUUGUUGGGGAUAGAAAUGUUCUUAUAGCAAAAAUGCCUAGAGCAAAAGUUGUAGAUGCAGACGGAAAGGGUGAUUUUCACUUAGAAUUUCCUAACUUAAUAAUACAGCCAACACUUACUGAAAAAAUUGCUUCACCAUCUGAAUUAUUCGGCAUGAACAUGAACACCGGAACAGGCUCGACUGACGACUCGGAUAUACUGGUUGUUGCAAUGUUACCUAAAGGAUCUAAACUGGGUUCAAAGAUGUUUAAAGGUUCAAAGAAGGAUUUAGAUUUUAAUACCCCAUUUGAUGCAGACAUAGGUACCCAAGUUAGCGAAUUAAAUGUAAAUAAACCAUCAGUUACGAACUUAGGUAUACCGCUUAGCGAUUCAAAUGUAAAUAAACCAUCAGCUACGAACUUAGGUAUACAGCUUAGCGAUUUAACUAUAAAUAAACCAUCAGAUGAUACGAACAUAGGAUCAAAGCUUAGCGAUUUACCUAUAAAUAAACCAUCAGAUGAUACGAACAUAGGAUCAAAGCUUAACGAUUUAUCAAUAAAUAAACCAUCAGAUACAAACACAGGCGCAAAGGUUAGCGAUUUACCUAUAAAUAAACCGUCCGAUACAAACACAGGUGCAAAGGUUACCGUUGAUACUAGUAAGGAUGAUGGGAAAUUGAAAAUUAAAGUUCAAGCUAAAAAUGUAAAAGAUUCGACGAUAUCUGCUUUAAAGGACAAUUUAUCAAAGAUAAAAUCAGACAAAAUAAGUGUUGAUACAAGCAAAGAUGAUGGGAAGCUUAAAAUUAAGAUCAAAGCCUAUUUGAAAAAGACCGAUGAUAAUCCCGAUACCAAUGUUGUGAAAACAGUUCAAAGCAUUGGAAGAGACAAGGACAAUUCAAACUCAAAAUUAGCAAAUUAUAAAGAAUUGAAAGCAUUAGCUGGUCAAGUCAAAUCUGAAAGAGACUCAAAAUUGGCAAAUUAUGAAAAAUCGAAAGCAUUGGCUGGUCAAGUCAAAUCUGAAAGAGACUCAAAAUUGGCAAAUUAUAAAAAAUUGAAAGCAUUAGCUGGUCAAGUCAAAUCUGUCACACCUAAUGUCCUUUCAAAGAAGGGGUCUACAAAUGUCAUGUUAACGCCAGGAAAACCAGAUGUUAUUAUGUCCGAGGCUAAGGUACUUCCUUCUGAUCCUGUUACGCGGGUCAAGAUUGAAAAGAGUAAAGAUGACGGAAAGUUAAAAUACAAAAUAAAAACUCAAACAGGACAGGGUGAUAACAAAGCAAAAACAGAUAUAAAACUGACAAUAGAUAAAUACGGCAAUAUAACACCAGAUAUUCAGGUUGAAAAGCAGGUUGGGGAUAAAACUAUUUCAAUGGAGAGAUCAUCUUUUGUUCAUACUGGUAAUCAUGUUAAUACGAACCAGAUAACGGUAGCCGGGAAGCAAACUGAUAAGUAUAAUAAUCAUGAAGAAGAUGGUGAUAAUACACACACAAUAAGAAAGGGAAAAGAACAUGAUUUAUCGAGUGGUGCCGCGUCAGUGAGUAUAGGUUCAGACUCAUCGAAAACCACAAAGAUAGCAGAAGCAGUGAAAGCACUCACAGCUUUACAGAAAUUACAGGCAACAAAUCAAGCUAUAGCAGGAGGAAGUAUAAGGUUAAAACCAACAUUGCCUGAUACAACAUAUAAACUACCUGUAAAUGGUGGAAGCCUAAAUACACUAUCAGAAAAAUUAUCACAACAAAUAAAUCUAAAAUUGAAAACUAACGAUGUGGAAGUUUUAUCUAGAAAGAGACUUCUCUCUGCAGUUUUAGGCAAACAACCAUUGCUUACAAAAGUAGCUCCUUCAGCGCCUGUAGCAGCAACGGCUUCUCCUAACUUAGAAGCCUUGUGUUUGCUAUACCUGGGCGCAUUCAUCGACUCCAUUGGAUACGCACCAUUCCCUGGUAAAUGUAAUAAAUUGGUACAAUGUUUCUAUCUUGGUGGAAAACUUCAAACUGUUGCCAGAGAUUGUCCAGCUGGUAUGUUCUGGGACCAGAAGCAACUGCUGUGUAGACCACCAGAUGAUGUUAUUUGUCUUGAAGACCAGUGUUUGAUUCAUGGGACUAGACAUUACAGGAGAGAUGGAGGAUGUAAUUGUUUCUACAAAUGUAUAGAAGGGAUAUCAGUACCUUCCUGUUGUCCUAAAGGUUAUCGCUAUGACGACGAUAAAGAAUGUGUCAGAGCAUCAGGCAGGGAUAUGUGUGACGAUGAGUGUGAAACUCCCAGCAUUUUAACAAGACAGCUUGCUCAAACAUCUUGCCCAAGUUUGCCAGAUCCAAUGAACAGAUACGGUUACCUUGCUCCUCAGUAUGGCGGACUCAGAAUUCGAGCUUGUCCAUCUGGUACUAUUUACAGUGAAAAUCAAUGCAGGUGCAAAUCAAACAUGAAUGGAAAUGGAGGUUUACGAGGAAGCGCUAGAAAACAAUUCAGACAGUGCAGUGCAGAAUUUAAAAUUAAUUUUGAUGACGGUUUUAAAGAUAUUUCGAAAGGUGGAUUAGCAUUUGAUUACAGCCAUAUAUCCCUACGUCGUGGUAAAGGUGUUUUCGUUGGAAAUAGUAAAUUGUAUAUUUGGGGCUUCCAAAGCCGAUACCUCGGUAAAACAUUUGCAAUUAGAAUGAAAGUCAAGAUCAAACGUGGAGCUGGAAAAUACAGACCAGAACCAAUUAUAUCUAACUGUGGCCCCAAUGGCGAUUCCAGUGUUGAAAUUGUUGUCCAUCGAGGAAAAGUAAUUUUCAAGGCUAAAACAUCUGAUAAUCCAGAGGCUGUAUUCAUCACAGAAGAUUAUGAUGAUGAUAAAUGGACAGAUUUAACAUAUUAUUAUGAUGGAAAUCAUUUUGGUGGAAGUUGUAAUGGUCGACCGUUCAGACAGAGAACUGGAGGUAAUUUAGAAAUCCGUGAUAACCCAAUGACCAUAGGUUUGUGUACUGGACAAAAUGGUUUCCAUGGAGAAAUAGACGAGUUGGAAAUUUAUACAGCCUGCAUACCAAAGGAUAUGUAGAUAUGUAGAGAAAGGACAAAUGUAUCAAUAUUACACUGCUUUGUUUGAUUUCUUUACCUUUUCUUUAUCUUUUUAUAAUUUGUAAAUAAAAUGCACAAAAAAACACAAAAAGAAAUUAAAUUUCAAACAUAUAUUACUGUUAAAAGUAAGACUAAUAAUAAAAAAUAAUAAAAGCUACAAAAUAAAA